GCAGCUGUUUGCGGAAGUGGCUACUUGACUUUUGUCUAUCAGUAAGCUGAUUGAUGCACCUGUCAGCCAGCGGUUGACACUCUCUGUAUUCAAAAUAAAGUAGCUGUAAAGUACAAUAAAAGUCUGUUUCAUUUAGAAAGUUCGAGAAGAGGAUUGUACACUUCAAUUGCAAAUCAACGUAAUCAGGAUGCAAGCGGAAGCCAUGGCGGCCCCAGAGCAGCCACAGGGGGGCGCCGCCGCAGUGACAGGUGAGCGUGGGGAUCUGGCUGAACUGGCCCAUGGGGAUGGGGGGGUCCCUGAGCUGCCAGAACUCCACAGCCCCAAACCACAGACCUUUGAUCUCUUCAACAUGGUGGUCUCCUUCAAGAGGAUGGAGAUCUUCCUGGAGCCCCUCACUGACACCUGGGAGCUGGUCAAGUACUUACUGAGGUGGAGAAUGCCUAUCUGUUCGCUGCUCUGCUGUCUCAUAUUGAACAUCGUCUUUCUAACUCUGAGUGAAGCAGCCUGGUUCUCCCUGCUCCUGCUGGGUAUCUUGGCCCCAGCUGUGCUGGGGUAUAUGCAAGUCUGCUCCCAAGAGAGCCCUUCAGAGCUUGUCCUGCAGAGAAAACGGCACCACGCUGUCCAGCGCCAGGACCUCCAGACCGUGCAUCUGAGCAGAGAGGAGGCACUGCUGGAGGUCAAGGGGCUGUUGAUGCAGUUGGAUGAGAUUCUGUCACGAGCCUGUCUGUCUGCAGAAUCUGUGUACCGAGUUCUGUACUGGGAGAACCACAACACCUCCUUCCUGUUCUAUGGGGGGCUCCUGACUGCACUCUGCGUGAUGUAUACAGUCCCUUUCUCCUGGAUCCUGGCAGUGGUUAACAGUGCCCUCUUUCUAUGGAACAGAGAGUUUGUGCGAGUUGUGCUGGAGUACAGGGAGUCCUUUCACCAGAGACAGCUCAAACCCAAGGAAGGAGAUGGUGAAAACAUGGAACCAGAGCUAGCAGCUUUUAUGGACCGGACUCCAACACCUACCAGUGUGGAGGAUCUGUCCCCAGGGAGUGUUGAUGAGGCAGAAGAGGCUGAGCCUGAUGAUGAGUUUAAAGAUGCUAUUGAGGAGCAACAGCAGCUGAUUUUGCCGGAGCAACAGCUGAUAUUACCGGAGGACGAUGAAGUCCCACCAUGCACUGCUGAUUUUGAUCUUGGGGUUAUUGACAAUGGCCUGCUAAGCAGAAACGAGCCAAUCAGGAGCAAAGUGUCCAAACUGACUGAGAAGCUGCGGAAGCGCUAUCCUACGAACAACUACGGCAAUUGCUCCAGCUGCAACGCUGUCUUCUCAGUGCUGAAGAAGAGACGCAGCUGCAGUAACUGUGGAAACAGCUUCUGCUCAAGGUGCUGCUCAUACAAAGUCCUCAAGUCCAGCAUGGGGGCCACCGCUCCUGAAGCCCAGAGGGAAACUGUGUUUGUGUGCAGCCCCUGCAACCAGAGCCUGAUCAAGAAGGACUAGAAUACACCAUCUUCUCUCUCCAUCUCUGUCCCCAAACCCCCUACCUGUAUCCCCUAACAUUUAAUUAUGUCCAUUCCUUCUCACUCAACUUCUCCCAGGACAGGAGGGACUGACUUGAGUCAUGAACCCAUUUUUAGGAGAAGCUCGCACAGGAUAGCUAGAUUAAGACAUUUUCAAUCUCAUUUCUAGUGUAUAAGGGAAGGGGCUUCCUGCAUGUAUCCAGGAAGCCAAACAUGGUGGUGUCGGAUAUCUACAUGUAUAUUCUCAACCUCUUGAUUUUCAUACUUUUUUAAUAAGCAAUUUCAAGUAUUAACAUAUUUGUAGGAGCGAGCCUGCAGUAGAAAGAAAGCACUGUUGGUGGUCUGGUCCUGGUCAAAAAAAGAAAAAAAGUGUUACAUAAUAAGCAUGUAAAUAUAAAGUGUACAGUAUAUGCGGAGAUCAAUGUAGCUUUGUGAGUGAGCUCAUUCCUUGCAGUUGGGAACUAUUACUGUUUCUUCAUUUUUUCACAUUCUCUGACAUUAAUUGUAAGCAGAGGUAAUGCAAGAUUAUCAGCAGCUUUCAUGCACACUUGGUUAAACAAAUAAAGGAUUAUUCUGAUGUGAUAUACAUUACUACAAAUAUCCUGUAAGGUAAAUGAUUCAUUUAAGAAAGUUAGUUGCUGAAUGUAAAUCACUGGCUGAAUAUGUAUAAGGCUGUGAGGAAUAUGUCUUGUGUUUUUAUUUAUUUUUAUUUAUUUAUAUGUUUGUUUUAAGGGGACAUUUUCUGUAUUGAUAUAAUUUUGUUUUGAGUUUUAUUCUGUCAAAGCUCACCCUUCACAAUAAAUGCAGGUGGCAAG